AUGCUUAACGAGAUGGACAAGUUUAUCGAUUGGAACCAGGCCGGCGUCCCCGAACAUGACCCUCUCCUCUACGCCAUCGCUCCGGGCGCUGACAAUGAGGACGUGGACCUCUUCUUGGCCAACUUCAACGACGAUGGCUUCGAUCUUGGUGCUCUCGACCACGUCGACGACAAUGAGGACGCUCUCAUUGCUGCCAUUGACCUGCCCAUGGAUGGCACCCCUGCCCUCGACUUGCUGGAGCACACCGACGUGCCCUGCCUUCACUGUGACCUCGGCGCCUACUCUUGCAAGAAGAUACGCGAAGGUCGCUACAGGGGCUACUGCACUAGCUGCGUGGCCCUCGGUGUCGAAUGCAGUUUUGCUGGCCUAACCCUCGACGCUGAAGCUACUACUCUUCCCGCCAACCCUUGGCCCGUCAUCGGCCAUCAUCCGUUGACUACGUACACCGCGGAACCGCUCCGCGAGACGCCUCAGAUGACACCCACAUUGUCGUUAUCUGACCUGCUCAAUCCGUCGUCGAGCGUCCCGGCCGAAGACGUUGGCAUUGUGGCCCCCAGGCCCGGGCCCCCUCCCAAGAUUGGCGCUCGCUUCUCCAGGGAGUCGCUGCGCAUCCUCAAGAACUGGCUGUCCUCGCACAAUCGGCACCCGUAUCCCAGUGACGAGGAGAAGGAGGCUCUCCAGCGCCAGACGGGCUUGAACAAGACCCAGAUCACCAAUUGGCUCGCAAACGCCCGUCGCCGGGGCAAAGUCCAGCCUCCCCGCUCGACGUCGCCUCAUGUUGGCGCAUGGGCUGGGCCCAUCGAGAUCCCUGCGAGGCGCGGCACUCCCGCUGUCGAGGCCAUGAACCCGCUGCAGCGUUGGGAACAUUCUCCACCAGAACACGAAGCUGCCUCGGUGACAGCCAUUGCUAGGGCCGUCACGGCGUCGUCGUCGUCUGCCCUAUCCUCCAGACUCAACAGCCCCUUCAGUCUCAACUACACCGACGACGGGUCCAACAGAUCCCUCUGCAACCAAUCUUCGACCAGCAGUCUGGGCACCUCGCAAUCCAGCAACGGCUCCCGCAGCUCUGCCUACUCUGCCAGGGGCCGACGCCGCCGGCGCCGGAGGGCGGCGCCCAAGCACGCUAAGGAGAGCACCACGUCUCUGACCGCUCCGCUCAAAACUUUCCAGUGUACCUUCUGCACCGACACUUUCAGGACCAAGCAUGACUGGCAGCGGCAUGAAAAGUCCCUCCAUCUCUCCCUCGAGAGAUGGCACCUUAGGCUGGUCCACAACGUCAAGUUUGCGGACUGGUCUAUGCGGCAGUGGAAAGUGGCCAGCCCGGAGAUACGGUCUCGCUGUGGCUUCUGCGGCAUCGUCAUGGACACUUGGACCAUCCGUGUUGACCACUUGGCGGAGCAUUUCAAGACUGGUUACUCUAUGGCUGAUUGGAAGGGUGACUGGGGUUUUGAUGUGCCUGUCCUCGACAUGGUUGAGAACUCGAUUCCUCCUUAUCUCAUCCACCACGAACGCAUUUCUCCCUUGCCAUACGUGGCCUCCCAUUCACCUCCCGAGUCCCCGCGAAAUGCCUACGAGCUAAUCAAACUGGAGUUGGCUUACUUCGGCGCCAAUUACUGGGAGCAGCAUCAACGGGCGCCGACCGACGAGGAGAUGCAGCUGGAAGGGUGCCGUGUUAUCUUUGCCUCGGAAUUGCUGUCGCUGCAAGGCGUCGCGACGCAGGACUCGUGGUUUCGUGACCUUAUUAUGAGCUCCAUGACUACCGCGAAGAAGGCCCGUUUCGGUCCGCUUCGUGGUGCCGCCGAGAGCAGACUCGCGUCGCUCAAAAUCAACGGCAAGGACAAUCUCUUUGAAGCGUGCCCCAUGGAGAUCCAGCUGCAGGGUUUCGUCAAGGCCAAGCAGCUUCUGGGCCUGACAACAAUGGACGACGAGCUACAGGAGGAGGCUUGCAAGAUCGUUGGACGGGUCGAGGAGGUUUGCACCCACCCGUCUGAGUCUGUCGCCAACUGGUUGUUGCGUCUCAUCACGACUUCAACAGACUGGCUGGCAGACUUCCGGCGCCGAGCACAUCUCCCACGUACCGAAGACGUUCAGGACAUGACCAUCAGGUCCACCGACCCCAAGUCCAUCGACUCCACAAUCCACAGCUACUCGCGGCUGGAGCGUGAGCUGACCGACUUUCUGCGGCUGCGGAGAUCCGCGGGCGUUGAGCCCACAGACGAGGACCUCCAGAAGCAGGCGCGUAUUAUCAUCUACGAGUUUGACGACGGCUGGAACCAGACUGCUGCCGACAACUUCCACUGGCUUGAGGCCUUUAAGCAGCGCCAUCCCCCGGAGCAAGGAUCCCCGACUACCUCGAUGAGCUGUCCCGAGCAAGGCGCGACGCAGCCCUCAACUGCAGCCUCGGACCAUACCCGGACUCCGUCGGAGGCCUCGGUCCCGGCUGGACAUAACGACUUUUCGGACUUGCUGAAGCCAGGCGUCAACAACAAUGCGAAGCCUAUGACGUCCUUCCUCAACGACGCCAAUUGCUACCUUAGGCUGGCCAAGGAGAUGCGGCGGUGGGUCAAGUCGACCAUGUCGCCGAACAAUCCCAAUCGGCAUGUUCCGACGGACGAGGAGCUGCAGUAUCAAGCUAGAUGGAUUCUCUACGAUGACGAUGACCCGUGGAACCAGACCGCGGCAGACAAUGCGGAGUGGCUGCAACGAUUCAAACGAGAUGUUGGCAUCGUCAGUGGACCGGGUCCCGGGUUGCCCCCGGGUUAUGCCUGGGCACUCGAGCAGGGUGGUACCGGCUUCGCGCCGCCGUAUGCAUUCCCCAAGGGCCACGUGGAGCCCUUCGAGGACAACGUUCGAGUGAAUAUGCGGCAAGGGGCCAAAUCGUUUGGUGCGGGGCAAUGUGCGGCAAACAGCUUCCUAGAGACGUUGACGUCGGAUAACUGUCGGCUGCCGAGCGUGUUUUGCUCGCGCGAGCUAGAAGGCGGGCUGAUCAGGUUCGUGGAUGAGAGCAUCAAGGACAGUGGCCGACAGCCCACGGACGAGGCGAUCCAAGCCAAGGCCCGGGAAAUAGCCAAGUCAACCGAGACGGCAGCGGAUGACCCGGUUCUCCUCGGGAAGUUCAAGGAGUGGAUACGGGACAAGCUACCACACAGCCUGCCAGCCGAAGAUGUGGAUGCGGAUGUCAGCCUGCCCUGUCUGCUGCCUACGGACAUGGAAGUCGACAUCUCAGACGAGCAGCUCGGUGACAUCUUGCAGGGCCUGGAAUUCGAUGUUGACCCGGCUGGCACCAACACAAUAUGCUAG